AAAAUGAAUGCACGCACGAAGUUUUAGGCACAUAUCAUGCUUUGCAAAUGUAGGAAAUACUAAGAUGGCUAAGAACGACAGUGAUUUCGAACGUAUAUCUAAUAAACCGUUUUCUGCUUACAGGAAAUUGAAUGGAUUGAAAUAUUGGUAUGGAUCAUAUUGAUUCACGGAUAGUACUGAAAAUGGCGAAGUGAUGGCGGCUCUGUGUGCAGUUACGACCAGCAUUGCUUACAAACUUCAAAGGCUCUUUGUAAUUGUGAAAUAGUAAACUUUUACGCUUUCACAGUCAUGAAAUUAUUGAAACCAAAUUGGGUUUCUCACGAUGACCUACCCAUAUUCUCCAUUGAUAUUCACCCUGAUGGCUCAAGAUUUGCAACUGGUGGUCAGGGGGAAGACUCUGGGAGAAUUGUUAUAUGGAACAUGGCUCCAGUUGUUAGUGAAAAGAUAGAGAAUGAUGAAAACGUUCCAAAAAUGCUGUGUCAGAUGGACAAUCACUUAGCAUGUGUGAAUUGUGUACGGUGGAGCUUCUCAGGCAAGUUCCUUGCUUCUGGUGGAGAUGACAAGUUGAUUAUGAUUUGGAAAAUAAGUAAAUAUGCAUCAGCAGGUGGUAACACAGUGUUUGGUAGUGGUAAGGUUAAUGUUGAAACAUGGCGCUGUGCCACUACAUUGAGGGGUCAUAAUGGAGAUGUUCUUGAUAUGGCUUGGUCACCACAUGAUGCCUGGUUAGCAACUUGCUCUGUGGACAAUACUGUAAUUGUUUGGAAUGCUCUGAAGAUGCCAGAAAUGGUUGCAAUUUUGAAAGGACAUUCAGGUCUAGUAAAAGGUGUGGCAUGGGAUCCUGUGGGGAAAUAUGUAGCAUCACAGUCAGAUGACAAGACACUCAGGAUAUGGCGGACAGCAGACUGGCAGCAGGAUGCUAUCAUAAGUGAGCCAUUUGAAGAGUGUGGGGGUACAACUCAUGUUCUCCGACUAAGUUGGUCUCCAGACGGCCAGUAUCUGGUUUCUGCACAUGCUAUGAAUGGUGGUGGCCCUACAGCACAGAUUGUAGAACGAGAGGGAUGGCGUCAAGACAAAGAUUUUGUAGGUCACCGCAAAGCCGUUACAUGUGUGCGUUUUAACUCUAACAUUCUUCAGAAAUCAUACAAGUCAUGGUGUAAGCCACAGCAGUAUUGCUGUUGUGCAAUUGGUUCUCGGGACCGAUCUUUGUCUGUGUGGCUUACAGCUCUCAAACGUCCCCUUGUAGUCAUUCAUGAACUGUUCAGCAAUUCUGUGCUUGACCUGUCAUGGUCUGGCUCAGGCCUCCAACUUAUGGCAUGUUCAUGGGAUGGAUCUGUGGCUUUUGUUGAGUUCUCAGAAGAAGAGCUGGGCAAACCACUCACCCUAGAGGAAAAGAGUACUCUGCAUGAGCGAAUGUAUGGGAAAUUCCUGUCACCAUCUGCUCGCCAAACUUGUGUGGUAGAGACUCCUGAGCUUCUUGAAGUUCGAGAGAAACAAGCUGAGAUCAAGGAUGCAGCAGUUGCAACAAACCAAAGUGAACCUGCCACUGAACAGCCAGUUACUCAACGAACCCCAAUGAAGGGACCAAUUAACAAACAAAUAGAGACUCGGACAUCAGAUGGCAAGCGACGUAUAACACCUAUGUUCAUUCCACCAGCACCAGAUUCUGGGGAUGUCCCUCUGCCAUUUGGAGCAAGUGGUUCUCAGCAACCUACAUUUAGUAGUUCAUCAGAGACAAAGAGUCGCAUUGUUAUCGAGAAGAGGGAUGAUAUUGUUACACCUAAUGUCAGUGGCAGUAGCAACAGCAGGCCUUGUGAUGCAACAUCUGCAAUACCCACCACACCUGUUGUAAACAGUACAUCUAGUCAACCACCUAUAAGUAGUCAGACUGUAGGUCAAAAUAGGAUAACGUCAAACACCUCUGAUGGGAGACUAGAAGUACAAAAGGUGGAUCGCAGUGUACCAACUGUAGUAGCUACCAAACGCCGAAUGGACUCUGCACAUGGUACUGGAACCAAGUUACCAACAGUGAAACGUUCCAGGCCACCUGUGGCCACUAGUUCUGAUAAACAGCUGCAACCAACUAGCUUGCCACAGCCCUCUGCCAAAGUUGGUUUACCAGGUGUAGGAGAUGUUGACUCAGGACAGGGGCUUAAGCUGCCUCCCUUGAAACUCCAAGAUGGUAAAGGAUUUGUUGUUCGCAUCAGUGGUGGAAUUGGAUUACACAGAAAUAGAUGCUUGGAAGUAGAGAAUGGGGCAUAUGGGAGUUCAUUUGGCUCACUUACAAAGGUCCGAAUGUUUUCUGAUGGCCACAGUGCAGGGGAUAUGCCUGGGUGGGAAGCUGUACUGGGCUAUCCAGUAUGUGGUUCUGUGGCAAAUAGUCAGCUUGUUGCUAUAGCCUGUGAAGAUGCCACAUUGCACCUACUUCAGACUGACACAGGUCAGCGACCUCUUCCUCCACUGGUUUUGUCAUCACCAGCUUCAAGACUGGCCCUUAAUGCAUCACAGCAAGUAAUGGCUGUCACAUGUCGUGGUAAUGUUUCUGUUUGGGACAUCUUGAAAACCAAGGCACUGGUCCGUAAUGAGAGUUUGCUGCCAGUCAUGCAAGCUGAACCAGGUUCUACAGUCACUAUACUUAGUUGCUCGCUUACAGAAGAGGGCCACCCUAUUGUUUCUCUGUCAACGGGGAAAGCGUACAUGUUUUCAGCAGAACUUGGCAACUGGCUGGUGUUGGCAAAUAGCAGAGAUCCAGUACAACGUUGCUCACUUCAUCGUGCCUUUGUCACUACACUUCCUACCAGUGAGAACACACGAGGACUGCCACUGGCAUGCCUGCAGUCUCAUGUAAUAAGUGGUGGGAAUUUACUGGGACAGGGAUCAUCAGUCAGUGCUCUCUGCACAGUCACUUUCCUGGAGCAGCAGCUUGCUGCCUGUCGUGCUCUUAACUCAAAGCAAGAAUAUCACAGUUGGCUUCUGGCACUUGCACGUUUUCUUGUACAAGAAGGUUUGGAGACCCGGUUACGGUUAAUCUGUGAUGACCUCCUGGGGCCAACUCAUAGUCGAGCAAAAAACAGCAAAUCAUGGGAAACUUCUUUGAUGGGUUUCUCAAAGCAUGCACUUCUGCGAGAGGUUCUGCCUUUGAUUGGCUCCAAUUUGCGUCUUCAGAGGAUCUACACUGAAUACAGUGAUCAGUUGGCCAUGCUGUCAGAAGAAAAAUAACUCGUGAAGUUGAACAAUAGUUAAUCUGAAAGUCUUGUUCUUGUGAUUUACCUCAGUGGUAUGUUACUCUUCAUAACAAGUGAUGAAAAUUAUUGCUAAAUAAGUAGCUCAAAAACUGACAGGAAACUACAAAUUAUAUAAUUUAGUACAAAGUUGCAAUGCAAUUAUGCAUCGGGCUGUUUGGAGACUGUCUUGAAUAUCCACAUGACAGUGGUAUGACCAGCUUAAUCGAUUCUUAACUGUUGCACUUAAAUAGUACAGUUCAUCUUACAAAUUUAGAUUAGCAGAGCUGUCGUGGAGGACUGUGUUUUACUGUGGCAUGUAAAAAGAUGUAUUUGUAAGACAUUGCAGUAGAUUUUGGUAUCUGUGCAUGUGAACUUAAUAGUAGUACAAACCUCUUCUUGUCUUUCAUUGUUAAUAAUGCAUUAGAGCAAUGGUUCCCAAACCCUUGGGGGUUUGUGAUAUAUUGGAAGGAAUAUGCCAAAACUGAGUUAUGAACGAUUUUGGUAUAUCAAUAUCAUUUUAAUGCAAAAUAGCAAAAG